AUGACAUUCUCGAAAGUGUUCUCCUCAGAGGAUCUCCCUAAGUCCUUCUUUGGACCUCUUCAAUCGAAUGAAUAUUGGCUGACAUUCUCCUUCACAGACGGGCGUGAUAAGAAACUGGGAUGCGCACGAUUGUGGGUCGAUGUGUGCAAGUACCACCUUCAAGAUAAGGCGCAAAAAUGUCUUCGGGACCCGAAUGCCUUCAAGAACUUUAUCAACGAGAUCUCCUCACAAGCGGAACAAAUCAGAAACAGAGGGUGA